AUGGAUGAACCACAACAACAACAACAACAAUCACACAAUCACGACCACGAUGAAAACAAAUAUGCGACGAUGAAUGAAAGGAAACGAAUGAUGACCAACUCGGUUCAAAAUCACCUCGAUGUGGAUCCGAAUAAUCAUAUGAUUACUCAACCAUUAGAAGAAGAAGAAAAUAAUGAUCGUCGUGAAAAGAUCAAUGAUGAUGAUGAUGAAAAUAAUUAUCGUAAUGAUGUUUCAUUGGAGAAGAAGGAUUCCAAAAUUCGUAAAAUUGAACAAGCCUCUUCAACAACCACAGAAACAUCUUCCAAUGUUUCAGAGAUGGCAGAAAGAGGUAAAAACAAAGUAUUGGCCAUGAUGAAACGAAUGGGAUGGGAAGGAGAAGGUUUAGGAAAGAGCAAUCAAGGAUCAGCCUCUGCUCUGGAUCCACAAGUAAAUCUCGGAAGAGGAGGACUUGGUUUGAAAUCUUCCAUGAAUCACUUCUCGGAAACCGCACACGGUAAUGAUCAUGCGGAUAGUAAUUAUCAAUUACCUCCCAAUUUUGUUAUACAAAGACAUGCCAGUGAUGACAGAGAAUAUUCGCAUAAGGAAAAUGUCAUUUGGUUGGCAUGUAAACAGGAGAAUAGACAUCGAUAUGUUGGAACAGGUGGUUUGAAGGCGUCACAAGAAUCUUCGGAAUCAACUAUUGAUGAGAAUACUGAAGACUUUGAUCCAAUUUAUCACAUUGUUAAACCAAUUUCUAAAACUUUAGAUCCAUCAUGCAUGGAGCCAGGUACUGUCAAUGAAGGUCAAAACACCUUUACAGAUCCCGAAAUUAUGAAAUCAAUAUUUAAAACAAAGGCAGAAUUUGAUGGACUACCAGAACGGUUUUUCAUUGAUGCUCGUUUUCGGUCAAACCCUUAUGAGAAAAUUGGAAAAUCAAUCUUCCAAAACCGAGCUGCAGUCAAGCUAGCAAAUAUUGACAUGAUUACAAACCUUACUAAAGAUCUUCCUCGUCUUCCCGAAGAGAAUAAUGUGCUAUAUUUUGCUGAUAUAUGUGCUGGUCCAGGUGGAUUUACUGAAUAUUUAUAUUAUAGAUACAAAACCACAGGUGCAAAAGGAUGGGGCUUCACACUAAAGAAUGACAAAGAUGAUUGGAAAUUAGAGAAGUUCAAUAGAGAGUCUCCACAUGACAAUUUUGAAUUGAACUAUGGUGCUGAUGGAACUGGUGACAUUACAAUCAAUGAAAAUAUGCUUGCAUUACGUGACGCCAUUAAUAGAGGAACUAAUAAUAGAGGAGUUGCUUUGGUGACUGGAGAUGGUGGUUUUUGUGUGGAUGGUGUGGAAAACUCUCAGGAAUAUCUCACUCAGCAACUCGUUCUGUGCCAAUAUCUCACCGCAUUAAUGUGUUUGCGAAAAGGUGGAAGUUUUGUUUGUAAAUUAUUUGACUUGAAUACUUGGUUCUCAGCAUCUCUCAUGUACAUUUUAUACCAACAUUUUGAACAAAUUUCAAUCAUCAAACCAUUCUCUUCGAGACCAGCCAAUUCGGAACGAUAUGUUGUGUGUAAAGGACUUUUAGAACGUAAUCCACCAAUUAUUGACUUUUUGUUGCAAGUGAACACAAAAAUUGCCUCAAAAAAGGCAAUUAAAUCAUUAGUACCAUGCUCCAUCAUGGAAAAUGACAAGGACUUUGCAGAUUAUUUGACGCUUUCCAAUAACAAUUUUGCUAAAGAUCAAGAGUACAACUUGAAACGCUUGAAGAUGGCUGUUGAGGAUAGAUAUAUUGAAAUUAAGGAAUUACAAUUUAAACUCAAGGAAUUGUGUUUAAAAGAGUGGAAUUUACCCAAUCCUCAACAUGAUAAAAGACAUGGCAACAAUAAUUAUUACAAUAAUAACAAUAGGAGGCGAUUUGAUGAGCGAGGAGAUCAUAAGAGAAAGUAUGACAAUUAUAGAAAUGACAAUAAUUACCAUGAAAACAGAAAUGAUGGCAAUUACAAUAGGAACAGACACUACAACAAUGACAGAUCAAAUUAUGGUCGUGACGUUACGAAUUCGUCUGAUAGUUCCAAUGGAAGUCGUAACAGAAAUUACAAUAAUUAUGGAAGGAGGCGAUAA